GUCUAUAGCAGGACGUCGUGAUGACAGCACGUAAAGACCAGGAAGUGGAAUGUCAACUCGCGAGGAUGCGGCUGCCGUAGUUACUUUUAAGUUAUAUUUUAACGUUGAAGCAGUGUCUGCUUGCAUACAACAGCUUAGUGGAAACUUUGUACACAAAGUAACAUUAACCCCAGGGCGUGGACAAAUACCAGUUUUGCACAAUGGAAGAAAGGAAGAUAAAACGAAAGAGCCCUAGGCCAUCCACAAACUCCCAGUCUGCCCCUCCCGGUACAACCAAGAAAAAUGCAUCAAGUAGAAAUCUUGGUUUCAGUGGUAUGGGUACGCAUUCUAGUCAAAAGACAAAGUAUAAAAGGGGAAUGAGAGACAAGCCAAGACCACAGAGCCAAUCAGGAAAGAGUGGACAGGCUGCACCCAUCCAGCACUCCUUCCUCACAGACGUCUCCGAUGUCCAGGAGAUGGAAAAGGGCCUUCUUGGUUUACUGAAUGAUUUUCAUUCUGGUAAACUGCAGGCUUUUGGUAACGAGUGCUCCAUUGAUCAGAUGGAGCAAGUUCGAGAGAUGCAGGAGAAACUCGCUAGGCUGCACUUUGAUCUGUACGGAGAGGUGGACGAGAUGCCAGAAGACCAGCGUAAGCAAGCCUGCGAUACCAACAUGGAUAAAUUACUGUCGAAUCUUGAAGAGCUCAGUUCAUCAAUACAAAAGCUCAACCUUGCAGACAGUCAAGACGUGCCCAGAACAUCCAGCAUGUAAUGUUCCGGGACUGUGCCGUGCCUGCCAAGGAAAGCUUCAUGUACUGUACAUAUCUCCUGCACGAUCAGUCAUCAGAAAAGGGUUACGCAGCAAUACAUAUGAGACACUUGCACAUGAUGCAGUAUUACAUGAAUGAGAUAACUUCAGGGGCAUGCUUUGCUUGCCCCGUGUCGUGUUCGAUGGCACAUUAAGACAAAUGCUAAUUUUUCUUUGGUCAGACGUUGACUUUGUCCAACGGAUCAAAAUUUUGGUAUGAUUCCAAAGGAUCUGUGGUAAUGUCAUACCAUAGGGUGUUAAUCAGACUUUGAGUUUGAAUCUAGUCAAACUUGUUUAUGCAUAUCCACGAUGUUGCUUUGGUCACAUCAAGCACUUUCUUAAUUACCAGUAAUCUGAAAUAUAUUAACACUUUAAUGUACUUGAUGUUGUGAUCACACCAGCAUUCACCUCUUAUAGUACAAAUAUACUGGUGAGUACUUGUGUUUUUAAACCACAUGUACACUCUACGUUAAAUGUUCUACCUAGAACUUUCAGGAGUUUGUCAGCUUCUCUUCAGAGGAGCAAAGGUUCUGAGGCCUCAAGGGUGCUGUCUAGAACUUUUAAGUAUUCUUGCUCUUGUUGGAAUUCUAUAUAGUCUUUAAAGAUUCUCCCAUAAGAACAAACUGAAAACCCCUUUUUUUCUAAGCAUUUGGGAAAUGAUCUACAGUGAAUGAAAGGUAUUAUCAUCUGUUACUUAAUGCACUGACUAAAGGUAUCAAAAGACAACAAAAUUUUACUAUUUGCCUUACUGUUACGAUUUUAUUAAAUAGUAUAAUGUUUUUAAUUACUGCCUCUGAAACUAAGUUGAUUGUAAUAUUUUAUUUUUUCCUAAUAUUGUAUAUUUCAGAUUUUGUUUAUUAUAAUUUAAGGUGACUUUUAUGAUGAUUGGCAUGGAAACGGGAUGAAUUUUCUGAUUUGUUGAAAUGUUAUUUUUAGAAGUAUUCAUGAAUGUCAAUAAAAAACUCGUAUUAGUUUA